AUGGAUCAUCAAAGAAACAAGACCGUUCUUAUUCUUGAUCAUAGUAGCUUCUUUUCACGACCAUCUGGCGUGACGUUCAAUGUCAAUGUUCAAAAUACCGAUCAACAACAAGCCGAUGAAGUCAAUAAUGAUAAUACUCUUGGAAUGAAACCUUUAUGGACAUGUGUUGUGGAAUGUGUAUUGGAAUAUUGCCGAAUUCUCUUCGAUAUUUUCGAAGAUGACGCAUUGGUGACUUUAAUAGUGACAGGUAUUGAUCAACGUGACCAAUCAUCGUGGUGGAAUCGAUAUAAAAAUCUUUCGCAAUGUAUGGACUUUUUUGCGGGAAUUCAACCACCGCAAGAACGUUCGUCUGCGAAUGAUGAUGAUCUAUUAAAACAUUCAUUGAAUGAGGCUAUCACAGCGUUGUGUACACGUUCGAAAAAACAAAGUUCGCCAAGCGAUUCUGAUUAUACAAAUAGUGGACAUAUUGUUCUAUUUUCAACUUUUAAUAUGAAACGUAUUGAAAUCAUCGAAAGAGAUGCUCGAGUCUUUCAUGAAUCACAUAACCAUAUGGCUCUUGAAGUCACUGAUUUUGUACCUUUGGCGAAAUGUGAUUUGACAUUAAUGGAUAUUCGACCAUUGGACCAACCCAUUCCCACGACAAACCCAGAAUUUCAUUCUGUCACUUCGAUUCUUCAUCGAACAUUGUAUUAUACUCAAACUGGUCAAAUGCUAUUCACCCGAAUGUUACAAAUGUUAUUAAAACAACAUAAUCUAGCUUUAACAACAGUCACUGGAAUUCCGAUGAAAGAAGAUGUUGCGUCUCGUUCAAGUUUAAAUUACGAUGUUGAUAUUGUUCAUCCAGCUGAAGUUCAUGAUAGUCUACGCGAACGAGCAUCACUGAAAUAUUGGCGUCAAAUUAAAGAUGAUGUUGAAACCAUCGUCCUCAAAUGGAGUUCGGCCUCCUACGAUCCAGAAAAUUACUAUGACACGUAUUCGGCGUUCCGUUUUUCCCCACUGGAUGUAAAUAGCCGUGAGUCUGCAUGUUUAACGAAUUUCUUACUGAGUGGCAAAUGUGUAUUGCUUGAAUUGAGCAAUGUGCCCGCUGAAUGUACGGUGAAUAUCAAUGAAUAUGGUGAUGAGAAGAAUUUGAAUACAUCGGACAUUGAUCUAUCGUUAGCACCGGCGAAUAAUCGACUUUUUUCUCAUAUGAUUAUUUCGCACAAUCAAGAAUUGAUGAUACACGCGUUGGCAUUUGGUAUGAAUAAUCCAAUGAGUAAAAUUGGCCCAUGUUACGUCGUUACUGAUGAAAAGGAUCAUGUUUCGCUCAAUGAUUUAGAAGAACUUAUGGAUGAAGUAGAUGACGAUGUCUUGGAAAAAGAUUUACGUGUUGAUAGUUUUAUAAAUCUUAUUCGAACGACUACACUCUAUCCAAUCGAUACGAUCACAAGUGGGAAGAUUCCAAUCGAAGAUUCACUUCGACUACUUGAACGCCAUACACGUCGAUGUCCAUUGAUCAUCAACGAAACCAUCUUAUUCAAUCUACCAGCUCCGAUGAAUCUCUUAACCAGUUUGAUCUUACGUGAAAAAUUGUCAGAUGAAGACGAAGGAAAAUGUCUUAUGGCUUUGAAACAUAUCGACAAAAUGGAAAGGGUAGGAGAAGCAUUACCGGUACCAAAUAAUUUUCAAUAUACAACGAAAGUCAUGACUCCCAAAGCAAAAAAAGAUGAAGCGUAUCGAUUUCUAUGGCGUGAAAUCGAUUAUUUCGUUCGUGGAUACAAAGAAUCGUCUGAUAGUCACCGUCGGAUAUAUCAAAACAUCGUCGAUCGGCGAAAAUCUGAAUACGAACAAGAUUCAUCAGUGUACCAAAGUAACAAAGUUGACUUUGUCUUUCCAAUGGAUGAAACAUCGUCAAACGGCAUGACGACGACAACAAUGGCGGCGAAACGUGAGAAAGCGUCUCAGGAAAACAUGGAAAAACCUGCCGGUCGUGUCUGGUCUGAGUUUUCUGAUCUCAAACAAGUUCUCGCUGCCAACUCAUUACGUGACAUGUGGAAUCGAAAGCAACAAGAAAAACGUGCUCCGGAAUUCGACGGUCGAACUGAAUAUCCUCCUCCACGUGUGGUUCCGCUCUAUGUCAACUUGAAUAACAAAACUGCGAACGUUCCCCCUACUUCGAGUUUACCUGAAAAAAUGUGA